GCGAAUGUACGGCGCUGCGCAUGGUCUGCUGGUUGCAGUUCUUGUGUCAAUUGGAUCUUGUAAGCACGUAAAUGCAGAUCUUUCGUCAAAAUUCGCUGCACAGAGGAUCUUGAAAUGUCCAAUUACUGAGCACGAUGGCGAAUCGAGGUGGAAGGACUUUCGUCAACACUCGCAUUCACUGUGGCUAUGUUUUCAUUCGACCGACCAGUACGAGAACGGCCACUGCUUUUUGCGGUUAAAAACAUCGGAGCUGAAGGACAUCAAAAUGAUGGUGAAGUGUUUAGAAACAGCAACUUGCAUAAAGCAUUGGAAGAAAAUGUAAUAAGAAUAUCACCACCAGAUGUUAUUGGAAAUAAUUAAUGGACCUGUUUUACUAUAUGUGAUUGGCAGAUGAAGCUUUUCCUUUAAAAACGUAUGAUGCGACCAUUUCCCCGAAGUCAACAACUCAAUGAAACGAGAAAAAUCUUUAACUACAGACUUAGUCGAGCAAGAUGUGUUAUAAAGAAUGCCUUUGAAAUAUCAGUAGCGAAGUAAAGAAUCUUCAAAAAACCAAUUAUAGCGUCUACUUCUGCUUGUAAAAAAAUUAUACAAGCAACUUGCUGUUUACACAAUUU